ACAUGCAAUUGAUUGCUAACUCUUGUUUUUGAUGAUGUGAAAAGUCGUCGCGGAGUUUCACGGGGACGUUUCACAAUGUUGGUAUCUCUCUAUUUACGACAGUUCUGAGUUCUAGCAACUAAUUACCUCGUAUUUUGCAUAAGUUGCAAUGGAGAAUUGAAUACUUUUAAGGCUGUAAAUACAUCAUGGUAGCAUCACAUCUCUGGGGGGUGGACAGUUUUGGAAAAGUCUACACCCUGUCCACCGACAGUCAAUACUGGGAACUGAGGAACAAUGCUUUCAAGGGACGCAACAUUGAUUUCAAAAGGGUCUCGGCUGCUCGGCAGUGUGCGUGGGGCCUAGGAUGUAACCAGCAUGUAUAUGUGUACGUACACAACACGGAUGUUCCAAUCAGAUAUCAAGAAUACACAUACGAAAAUCAGAGAUGGAAUCCGAUUCAUGGCUUUUCUGCUCGUUCAUUAUUCCCGACUGAUCGCAAUCCAUGGAGUAAUGAGACAGGCUCCCGCACUACAGUUGAACAGAAACUUUUCUGUCUACCAUCGGAGCAUUGGAGCUGGGAAGGAGACUGGUAUAUUGAUGAGAACAUUAGAGGUCAACCAACUGGGAGAGGGGGAUGGCAACAUGCAGUCAACUUCAAUGCAAACGACCGCUACACUUCGGAUAAAAAAUGGAACUCUUGUGUAAGGCGGAGAAAAUGGAUCCGGUAUCGUCAGUAUGUUGCAAUGGAUGCUUGGGCAAAAGUACCUAGCCUCCAUGCAGACCCUGUAGAAGAACCAUUUAUGGAUCUGGCAGUUGGAGGCUAUGAGUUGCCAGGUCAACCUGAAGGAUUUCUGACAGUGUGGACUAUAACAGCUCUAGGAAAGGUAUUUUGUCGUCAUGGCGUCAAUAAAAAAUGUCCAGAAGGCGUGAAGUGGGUCGAGAUCCCGAUAAAGGAUGGGAAGGGCAUGGUCCAGAUCUCUGCCGGACCAACUGGGAUUGUCUGGGGGGUUACGUGGGAUGGCGUGUCUGUCGUCCGUAUUGGAGUGUCGAGGGAUCAUCCUUUUGGAACAAGUUGGGAAUAUGUACAACCACCACCUGAUAUAAGGAUUUGUCAGGUUACAGUCGGGUCAAAUGCAUUAUGGGCGAUUUCAACAAAUUACAAGGUUUGGUUCCGUACUGAAUUUGAUGCUAAGAAAGCCUUGCUUGAUAAGAAAUAUGCCACAGGAGAAUCUUGGGUGCUGAUGAUAGGUCAAAUGUCAUCGAUAUCUGUAGGACCAAAUGAUCAGGUAUGGGCAAUAGGCUUAGAAAAUCGGCUAGUACACUUUAGAGUAGGAGUAACCACAAGUGAACCUAGUGGACGCGAGUGGCGUGGUAUUGAGCUACAGGAAUGUGGACUGUAUGACUCAUCAAGUCUCGCUGAGUCAUCAUCUGUUGGCAUUAGCGAAGAAAGUGGACUUAGUCGACGGAUAUCUAACUCAUCAUCGGAUGCAAAGAAUUUUGGUGCUGUAGAUGAUUACGAUAAUUCCAGGUCGCUGUCUGUCUGCGAUUCCUCACUGACGACUGGUUUUCAAGACGCAAAAUUGAAUACAGUCAAUUCAAACUGUUCAGGAACAAUGGGCAUUAAAUUACUACAGGAUUUGGAGGAUGGUUUACGUCAGCUUAAUUAUACGGAAGACACAGGCCCACGAGAAAUGCCAGUUCACAUAAAAAAUCUUUCAGUUAACGGCAUUAGAAACGAAAAUAAUCAAAUUAAUAUGUCAUCCAUAAGUCUUCCCAAUGUAACGCCUUCCUUAGCAGAUCGUGCAAUUUUGAACACUGAUGUGAAAGAGGUAAAAAACACUCCUGCUAAACACUGUGAACGGACAAUGAGCUGGCACUCAGAUGCUCCUGAUGAGAUCAUCGACUUCGUAAAUGACUUUUCUGAUGAUGAGGUUCUUGAGGGAACUGAGAAAGAAUGUGCUGAACAAAGUGAUGCUCAUGAUGGAGACUUAAAUACAGAAAGGAAUGUACCGGAAGCGGAAGGAGUCAGUGAUCAGGAAAAAUUUGGUGAAAUUACGUGCAAUAUUGAGGCAACUGAAAUACAAUGUAAAGAAGCAGGGGACAAUUAUUGUGAAAACACAUGUCAGAAGACUGUCAGAAAUAUAUGUCAAAGGGAGGAAGCAACCCCAAAUGGGAACAUAGGUAGCUCAGCAGCUAUUGAUGCUAAAGGAGAUAGUGCCAUUGAUGUCAUGCAUUCGUACGAGAAGCUUACGAAGGUGGAAGAGACGUGCAAUAAAGAUGAGACGCAAGAUAGCGGGAUUGAUAUUGAAAGACACAGUUCGAUGAGUCGGAUUCACAGCCAGGAAAGCGUUAUGGAAAGUGCGCCCUCAGUGGAUGUACCGACAGAACUGAAGUGGGUGGUAAUCAGUGGUGGAGGAUGUAUUGUAGAUACUACUGCACCAAUGACUUGGUUUCUAACAAGUCACCCAAACAGUGUGGCCUACAACCGAAUAGAAGAAGGUUCUUGGAGAUGGUUAGUACUUAGGCGUUUGCAGGAAAGACGUAUCAGAGAAACUGCCAAAUUUGAGCAUUAUGAAAGAGCUGUAGAAAGGAGUUCGUGGGUGAAGGUAGGACGUAUGCAAUAUUUAACAGAGGGACGUCGACGUCAGUGGGUGGACUGCACCACUGAGCUUGAGAAGGAGCUUGAUGGGAAGGGAAUCAAACACAGCAAGUUUACCUGCCACUACACAAUGUAUGGCAAGCCCAAACAUAUUCAAUACCUCUUGAGUGAGAUCACAUGUGUACUAGAGGUUAAUAAUGCAGACAGACCAGCAUUUGGAAUUUACACCGGCAAGAGGGUGCUGGAUCGGAAGCCUAUCAAAAUCAGAGGCAAUUCCCAUAAAGAGGUCAAAGAAUGGAUUGCAGCAACGAGUCUUGCAUGCUGUGAGGUUCGUGGCAUACAUGGUGCGCCCCCUCCUAGAGCCGCUUGGUUUGUGUCGUGUCGUGGGGAUGUUUUCGUUCAUGAGACUCUUUCAGACAUUGACGUUGCCCCAUCCAGUAGGAUGUUUUGGCGUCAAAUCGGUGGCCACAUGUCAAUUGUUGAGACGUGUGCUGCCGGUAUUGUCUGGGGGAUUGGCAUGGACCAUACCCCUUGGGUGUACACAGGGGGAUAUGGUGGGGGAAUAUUCAAAGGUAUUGACAGUAGUACUGUUGGUAUCAAUACACAAACAGACACAAAGAAUAUCUACAUCUACGAGAACCAACGCUGGAACCCAAUUGAAGGCUUCAGCUACAGGGGCUUCCCAACGGAUCGUUACACCUGGAGCAAUGAAUCAGGAAGACAAGACUGCUCGAUGGAAAAAGUCAACCCACCAUCUCAACACUGGAACUGGAUUACUGAUUGGACAGUUGAUUUCAAUAUCUCCGGGGGAACUGACCCAGAAGGCUGGCAGUACAGCAGGGACUUUAAAAGCGAGAGGGAUGUUUCUUUUAUGUCAUUUGGUAUCCCGUUGUACUCAGCCGCUCUCAGCAUCACGCCGAAGAAGAGGAGACCAAAACCAAGUUCUAGAUCAUACUCAAAGGGGUUCCACAAGGAAAAGAACUGGAGAGAUGUUGUGCGACGGAGACGAUGGGUUAGGAAAUGCCAGCUAGUGACCACUGGCCCUUGGCAAGAAGCUGGACACAUGUCUCUGCUUGAUAUCUCAUUACAAACGGACAUUCAAGAGGACUGGCACAGUUCUAUUGCACUCUGGGCAGUGGCAACAAAUGGGGAUGUAAUAACUCGACUGGGGGUUACUAAACAGUGUCCAAAGGGAGUCUCGUGGCAACACAUCCCCACAGACCAGCCAUUCCAGGCCAUCACAGUUGGAUGCAGAUACCAGAUCUGGGGCCUAGGUCGUGAUGGCUCUGCCUUCUACCGCAAUGGAGUGACGCAGUCUAACCCGGUUGGCACCAUGUGGUUCCACGUACCUGCUCCGUCGAUAACAGGGUUGAAGCAUAUCUCAGCUGGUGUAACUGCAGUGUUUGCUAUUGAUAGUCAGAUGAAUCUCUGGUACAGACAAGACGUUACACCAACAUUUCCAGAGGGAACAAAAUGGAUUCAUGUUUGUCAAAAAAUCAGGAAAGUUUCUGUUGGACCAAAAGACCAGGUGUGGAUAUUAGCUGAUUACGUAGAGGGCGGACGUGGAGUGAUUUGCCGGCGGGAAGGGAUCACCCCUUCUAGACCUGGAGGAUCUGCUUGGGACAAGGGAGCAGGGGGAGGGAUUACACAUCUUUCAAUUCGGGGAUGCACGAAGGAGAGCGGACCAGAUGUCAAAGUUGAGGAUAUUGCCAAGGCAACCAUAUAUGGGACAAACAUCGAGGAAAAGACAGAUAUCCCUGUCUAUACUAGCGGCAAAGACAAUGCUCUUUGUUGAUACCAGCUGAAACCUCUACAAAAUAUAAAGAUUUUUUAUGAAAAGUUAGAAUAUAUAGUGAAUGAAUUAUUUUAUGUAAAUUAAUUUUAAUUAUAUUUAAAUUAAAUUAAUUUAAAUUUGAUGCUAAUUUAAGUAUAGUUUCAUAUAUUUUAGAUACAUGGUAAAUAGAUUAUAGGCAAUGAAAUACAAACAUGUCCAACAUAACCUAUGAUUGAAUUACAAUUUUCAAGUAAGUCGGACAUCAUCAGCGUCUUUCUGCUGCAGGAACUUUCAUGUUGAUCUAUAGAUUGUACCAUUUCUCCUACUUAGUAGUCCAAAAUCAAUGCAUACAUUAUAUGAAUGUAUUCAUAUAUUUUAGCUUACUGUUGAUGUACGUAUUCAUUAAAAAAUUGUUUAUGUAUAAGUGUUUAAUUAUUGUUUGGAUUAAAUAAUAAUAAUAAUUAGCUGUCGUAUAUUAUUAUUGAAUUAUAUUACAGAUAACAUGUUCUGUGGGAAUUAUUCUUAAUUGCCUUUUAUGGUAAAUGAUAAUCAUGAUACUCAGCACGUAUUAGCACCCUGGUCAUUGUAUUCAUAUUCAUUCAGUUAUUUCUAAACAGACCAAUCUUAUUUUGUUAAGUGUUCACAGCCUAACGAUCAAAGGAAAGUUUGCCAUUUAUAUCUAGAACACUAUAUGUCUUCAUAUGACCUACACACAAUCUGUUCUUGGACUAGGGUUUAGUAGAGGACAUAUCAUAUACUAAAUGAAAUUAUCAGGAAUAUUUUGUAGCAAAGACACAAGUAUUGAUGCUAAGCUUUGAUUAUGCAUUUUAGAAUUACGUAAGAUAAAGUGAGGCACUUUUCAAUUUUAUUUGAUAUUCUGUAGGAAAUUUAAGAUUAUGUAUAUGGACAUACGUUUGAUUAAUAAUAUUUUGGUUUUUAUUAUUAUUAUUAUUAUUACUGUAUUAUUAUUAUUAUUAUUGUUAUUAUUAUUUAUGUUAAUGUCUUCAUCAUCACCAAGACCAUCAUCAGCAUUGCUGUGCCAAAAUAAAUCAUUAUCAUCAUCAUCUCAUUUAUCACCACCAUAAUAAUCAUUAACAUAAACAUUAUCAUCAUCAAUACCAUUAUCAUUACCACCACCACUGCUCUCAUCAUCACCACCACUAUCAUCAUCACACCAUCGUAUUCUUGCCAUCAUUAAUCAUCAUCACCACCACCACCACUGUCACUAUCUUUAAUAGAGUUCUUUCCAUGUUAAUCUGCUUAGUGGGUGCUUUAAUGGAUAUACUGUAUUUUAUAGUGAUUGUACAUAAGAAUGUAUUUAUAUAUAAUUGCAUAGCUAUAACUGUGAUUUAAGUCUUUGCAUAUGUGUGUAUUGUAAUUAUCAGUCUAUUCUUUUAAGAUGAUAUUAUAAAAGUCUAUUACUGCAAUGUACAUACACUUAUAUAUGUAUAUAUAGUACUGUAGCCUUACGUUAUCAGGCGUUGGCUUAGACAUACACAUGUACCCAGGUGUAUAUUGGAUACGGACGGCCAAAUUCUCACAGAUACACAUCGGCUGUAUUCAAUAUAUAAAUUAUAUAAGUGAAAAAUAAAGAAAUCUAAAUGCUAA